AUGGUGGCCCGCGGGGCACGGACGGAGAGGGGGGCCCGGCCCCCGGGGCCGCCCUGCUCAGCGCCGCCCGCGGGCUCCGGCGCGCAUCGGGGGCUGGGCCGGGCUGGGGCCGCGCUGCCUCCCGCGCUGCGCUGCUCUCCGCGCGAGGCCGCCCACCCCGGAGGAUACUGCGCGCAGGGCGGGGCGGGGCGGGGACGCGAGCCCGGGCGCUCCGAGUCCCUGCCCGCCCCCUCCGGCCUGCGCCGGGAGGGGCAGCGGGAGGCGCGGGGACGCGGCGCGGGGGCCUGGGUCGGGACCAAGAUCUCGGUCCAGGGCAGGCGCUGGGGCUUUUCUCGGCCCGGGCCCCCUUUUCGGCUCGCACCUCUUAGACUCCAGGCCGCUCUCAGCGGCGUAGGGAAGAAGCGAGUAGAGAGCCUCACGGUGCGCGCGCGUCCCCGUCGGGGGGCGCCGCUGCAGCCCCCGGGUCUCCUCGCCGAGGCCCAUGUUCUGUCCUUCCCUCCCAGAACCGAAGUCCCCUGGCUGCAGGGCGGCCGGCGAUCUCUCCGCUUCCUGCAGACGCCGCGGCGCACGCUCCCACCGCUCCCUCCCCCCGCGCUCGGGUUACAGCAGCCGUGCGGACGCCGGAGUGCGUGGCCUGGCGUCGGCACCCGGAGGGAUUUGCAUCAGGCCGGAAUCCGGACCCCGGGGAUCCCAGGAGGCGCGGGCCGACUGUCUGCAGAGCCGCCCCGGAACGGGCUGCGGCGCCCCACCGGUCGCCAGGGCCUCGAGGCCGGUCCCUGGGUCCCGAGAAGCCUUGGGGAAACUUUGGGAGAAACUUUGCCAACUUUGCUGUCGGCGGGGAAGAGGCCGCCCGGCCGGCCGCUGCAGCUGCGGGCCGCGACGCGCGCGGUGGGCCCCGAGUUGGGCCCGGGCACCCGGGAGCCGGCCGGGCCGCCCCAGGAAGGGCGCGAGGCCGGCCGACGGCCCCUGGCUCCCCGCCGCGCCCUCGCGCGGCCCCCACCCCCACCCCCGCGCCCCGGGGGCUCUGAGCGGCCCGCGGCUCGCCGCGCCCAGGAUGGCAGGGAUCGAAAGUCUGGCCCUCAGCGCAAGUGA